CUGAAACCCUAGUUUGGAAGUUUCAAAAGUUUUCAAAUUCCGGAAAAUGGCGCUUUGCUAUCUUCUUCGAUUCUAAUCUUGCGGUAGAGCUCUGCAAUUUUGUCUUUCUAGCUUCCCGUUCGCUCACUAGCGUUGACGAGAAACGUAAGCAACCAAAGAGAAAUGGGAGCAGCUCAUAGCCACGAGGAUCUGGAGCUUUUGGACUCCGACUCUGAGUAUCAGGAAGAGGGGGAAGAAGCGAGCUACAAUGACGCAAGCGAAGAGACACCUGACAAGUCUUCACCAUCUGACCGGCGGCCGAGAACUCCGUCGUCUGUCGACGACGUGGAGGCACGUCUGAGAGCUCUGAAGCUGAAAUACCCUACGGCGUCCAAGAAUCAGAAGUCCAACUUGCAGAACGAAGUGAAGCUCUAUGUCCACCACGGAGGGAACACCCCCAAGGCGAAAUGGGUAUGUUUCGAGAAGCUCACUUCUUACUCAUUUCUCAAGACCUCGAAGGUUGGUCGUGUCCAUGGCGGAGAAGACGAGGCAGAUGAGGAGUCGGAAUCGGAAUCUGACGGGGAAGGUUGGUGGGUCUUGAAGGUGAGCAGUAAAGUUAGGGUUAAAGUUGAUGCGGAGAUGCAAUUGAAGACAUUCAAGGACCAGCGCCGAGUUGACUUCGUGGAUCAUGCUGUUUGGGCGAUGAAGUUCUUUAGCGACGAGGAUUAUCAAGUGUUUCUGGGUAAGUAUCGUGACUGCUUGUUCGAGAAUACUUAUGGGUAUGAGGCGAACGAGGCGAAUCACGUGAAGGUAUAUGGCAAGGAUUUCAUCGGGUGGGCUAACCCUGAGAAGGCCGACGAUUCCAUGUGGGAAGAUGCUGAAGACAGUUUCUCGAGAAGCCCUCAAACAGUUACUCCGGUGAGGAGAAAUCAGGACUUGACACAAGAGUUUGAGGAGGUGGCAAAUGAUGGGAUACAGAGCUUGGCAUUGGGGGCACUGGAUAACAGCUUUCUCGUGGGAGAUUCAGGGAUUCAGGUGGUUAAAAACUUCAGCCAUGGGAUUCAAGGGAAAGGUGUUUAUGUUAAUUUCGGCAGAGAGCAGCAAAGGGGUGGUGCUGGUUCGAGUAUGGCUCAUUCAACACCUAAGAAGGCACUUCUCAUGCGUGCUGAGACAAAUAUGUUGCUUAUGAGCCCAUUCAAUGAUGCAAAACCACAUUCAAGAGGGCUGCAUCAGCUGGAUAUUGAAACUGGUAGGAUUGUUACAGAGUGGAAGUUUGAGAAAGACGGGACUGAUAUAACCAUGAGGGAUAUCGUGAAUGAUAGCAAAGGUGCUCAGUUGGAUCCAUCAGGAUCAACAUUCUUGGGAUUGGAUGAUAACCGUCUUUGCAGGUGGGAUAUGCGAGAUCGCCAUGGAAUUGUCCAGGAUCUUGUUACUUCCAGUGCCCCUGUUCUUAAUUGGGCUCAGGGCCAUCAGUUCACACGAGGGACUAACUUCCGGUGUUUUGCAAGCACUGGUGAUGGGUCGAUUGUUGUGGGGUCUCUCGAUGGAAAGAUUCGCUUGUAUUCUAGCAGUUCUAUGCGGCAAGCUAAAACAGCUUUUCCUGGUCUUGGGUCACCUAUUACUCAUGUUGACGUUACGUAUGAUGGGAAGUGGAUAUUGGGUACGACCGAUACUUAUCUGAUCCUGAUCUGCACUCUUUUCACCGACAAGGACGGGAAGACAAAGACUGGCUUCAGUGGUCGUAUGGGGAAUAGGAUUGCAGCGCCUCGACUGUUGAAGCUGACUCCAUUGGAUUCACAUUCAGCUGGGGCUACUAACAGAUUUCGCAAUGCUCAGUUCUCAUGGGUUACAGAGAACGGUAAGCAGGAGCGACACCUGGUGGCGACUGUGGGCAAGUUCAGCGUCAUCUGGAACUUCCAGCAGGUGAAAGAUAGUGGCCAUGAGUGCUACCGGAAUCAGGAGGGGUUGAAAAGCUGCUACUGUUACAAGAUAGUCCCCAAGGAUGAUUCCAUUGUCGAAAGCCGUUUCAUGCACGACAAGUUUGCUGUUACUGAUUCUCCAGAGGCUCCACUUGUGAUCGCCACAAACAUGAAAGCAGAGCUUGUCAAUGCCAGACUCUCCAUGCUUGGAGUUGCUGGAAUCCUUUUCACUGACUUUCUAAGGGUGACAGGAACCAAGAACUUGCCGGUUUGGUAUGAGGCAGGCAGGUACAUGUACUUUGUUAGUCCAGGAUCUCAGGCGAAGGAAGGUUCUUUCUUUGGAUUGGGAGCUGCAUUGGAUUUGGAAGGUCUAGAGGCCCCUUUUGUGCGUUGCUGGGUUGAUUUCAGGUAUCCAGGAGGUCCUUUGCUGAACCCUGUUGGGCUAGCUAAGGACAUAAAGGGUGUUGGUGCUUGGAGGCAGAAGUAG